AUGUCCAACGCCGGCGACCCCGCCGGCGCGGCGGCCGCGGCGGCGCCCAACCCGUCGGUGCGCGCCGCCAGGCUGCCCCGUUGGACGCGGCAGGAGAUACUGGUGCUCAUCGAGGGCAAGCGCAUGGUUGAAGUCCGCGGUGGCGUGCGCGGCGGGAGGGGGCGCCUGGCGGCGGCGGCGGCGGCCGGGGCGACAGGGGAGCCGGCGGCAACGGCUCUGGAGCCCAAGUGGGCCGCGGUGGCGGAGUACUGCCGGCGGCAUGGCGUGGAGAGGGGGGCCGUGCAGUGCCGGAAGCGGUGGAGCAACCUGGCCGGGGACUGGAAGAAGAUAAAGGAGUGGGAGCGGGCGGCAGCAGGCGCGCGGGAGCCCUCGUUCUGGGCCAUGCGCAACGACGCGAGGCGGGAGCGCCGGCUCCCCGGGUUCUUCGACCGCGAGGUGUACGGCAUACUCGAAGGUCGAGGGCGGGGGGUCGUUGUCGGCGGCAGCUCCGGUGGUGACGCUGUGGAGGAAGUAGGGGUUGGGCGCAUGGAGGAGGAUGAUGAUGGGGAGGAGACGGGGGAGGAGGAGGAGGGGAGAGGGAAGGGAAAGGAGGUGGCAGUGGCAGUGGCAGUGGCAGUGGCAGUGCGGGAGACCGUGUUUGACAGUGGCCGGCCUGCCGGGGAGGAGGCCCUCUUCUCGGAGGACGAAGAGGAGGAAGAUGCUGAGACGCCAGAGGCGACGCCGGCACCACCACCGGCUGUCAUCGCCUUGCCGAUUUCCGAGAAUUCGGAAGCAUCAAGGCAACAACAGAGCGCGCAGCAAGGCACAACGACAGACAGGCCAAAAGGGCAGCAAGGUAGCAACAAGACAGCAGGCUCACCGACAUUGCAGCAGCAGAGCGGGCAGAAGAGACAGCGAACCGGCGACGGCAGUGAGCCCAGAGCAGAAGGCAUGGCAGACAAGCUGCUGGAGAUCCUGGAGCGGAACAGCCAGGCCCUAGCGGCGCAGCUGGAGGUGCAGAACGUGAACUCGGAGCGCGACCGGGAGCAGAGGAGGGAGCAGGCCAACAGCCUCGCCGUGGUGCUCGGCAGGCUCGCCGAUGCCCUUGGCAGGAUCGCCGAUAAGCUCUAGCUACCUGGAGCUGCAUGCCUGGACAGAAGAAGUUGGGUGUACAGAUUGGUAUAGGAGGAUGAUUGCUCUCCUGGCAUUUGAUUCCUUUUUCUCUUUGCGAUGAACUGAUUCCGGAAUUCAGUCCGGAAGCCAGGGUGGAGGAUUUAUCAUGUACUGUAUGUAGAGUGAUAAGGUUAUAUAUACUGUCAUUCAGGUGAUCUGAUUCUGAACUAGAGACAUCUUGAUUGUGUAUGCGUCGUGGGCUGAAAUGAAAAUAUGUAUCCUUUACUGAGUAAAAGAAAUGUUUCUAAGUUAUAAAAUCAAUUCCUUCGAGCGGGAAUUUUGCAGA